AUGGAUCAAAACGUGUUUCCAAACUAUUAUUUGUAAGUUUCUUUAUAUUAUCCACCCUUUUCAAAGUGAACUGACAGACAAAACACUGCAAGAUUUUAGAAGAAAGAUAACGAUCUUUGCGAUUUUUAUUUUUCGGCCCAAAAUCUCGAUUCAAACAAGGGUUUGCCGCCAAAAACAACGAAUUUUAAUGCCAAAGUUGGCUCAAAUUCAGAACUUUGAGUCAACUCUACUUUUUUCCUCCAGCUUUUUUAUUUUUUGAAUUUUAAACUUCGAAAUAACUUUUAAACUUUAAUUUAAAGAAUGAACUCUUCACUAGAUCCAUCGUUGGGUUCUAAAGUCGAAAAACGUCCGUUACGCUUUGAGGGACCUUCUUCACAAGAACCACCAAGGCGUAGAUCACGAGAUCAAGACGACAUGGCCAGAGAACUGAAUGGCUUGGACAACAAUAACAUAAGCUAUGCUGAACUUCAACCUGUAGCAGUUAAUUAUGAGGAAUCACAAGUUGCUUGGCAGCCAAAUGGACGUGAGUUUAAAAAUUUUUUAAAAUGCGUGCAGUGUAAUAUCGGACAUGGUUGAUUUUGUGAGGUAAAACUUAUUUUUAUGCUAUGAAAUUUUAAGGCAAGUAUUACUAGAGUAUUGACCGUGAUAUUGUAAUAGAGUUUUUAGUUUUAAGUAUUUUAAGCAAAGUUCUGUGAGAAUUAGUGUGCGUAUCUAGUGUAAUAUCUGCCAAGUUCGUUUAGUAUGAAACGCUUAAUUUUAUGUAAUGAAACUUUGAGGAUAUUAAAUAUAUAGUUUUCUUGUUGCUAUAAUGUAAUAUUGUGAUUUGGCUAAUGGUAUUGUUGAAAUUAUGAGGUAUUCAGUUAUAGGUAUCUAGUGUAAUAUCGAAAUUUGUCGUUUUCAUAGUUCAACCUCAAUUUUUCUUCUUUUAAGUUUAAAAGUAGUAAAGUCAGAAUGUUUUCUAUGAUAUGCGUAUAAGAUUUGAUAGUGUUUGGACUGUUUUAUUACUUAAAAUCAAUUUUCAGAUAACCUACAACAAUAUGCAGCAGAGUACGCGAACGAGCCCGGAUGUAAUCCAGAUUUGUUUGCUGAUUACCUACUGGAAUCUAAUCAAAAUCAGAAACAGUUUGGUCCUUCUUCCUUUGACAUGAACGAAUUUCUUCGUUGGAGCUCACAGAAAUCUCAAGGAAAGGCGCAAGAAUUGGCUAGCCAGAAGCUAAAGACUGAUGAGAACUACAAAAAGGCGGAGAAGUUUGAUGUCUAUGUUCUUAAUGAUCCAGAAAGGCCUAACAAUGACAUAUAUGUAAGUUUUUUUGGUUAGAAAAGUUGUUUUAGCUAAUAAAAGUUUGGUUUUUUUGGAAAAAAUUUGGGGGUCAGGUGAAUAUAAUUGAUUAUAACCAAGGCAAAUCUUGACGUAUCGACUUAAAAUUUUGUGAAAAUAUAGUCAGGACAAUAGUAAUUAGAUAUUUGUUUGAGAUUUUGUUAAAACUUUCUUUACAGGGCUUUAGCGAUUAAAAAAGUACAAAUUGUUUUGAAUUUUUGGGAGAAAAUUUGCUAUCUUGAUGAAUAUAAAUGAUUAUAACUUUGACAAAAUUUUAUCUAUUAAUUUGAAAUAUUGUGAAAACGUAGCCAAUACCAUAUUAGUUAAAUACAUUUGUAAGAUUUUGCAAAAACUUUGUUUACAAAGUUGUAGCGUUUAAUUUUUUUAAGAAUUUUCGCCGAAUUUUGAACUGUUUUGCAGAUUUUUUAGUAAAACGUGUGUUAAAAUGCGAUUUAUUUUCAGUACGAUCACGAGAACAACACCCUCUACACAAGGAAGUUGGUCAAAGUUAAAUUCCAAGUUGGCACAUACAUCCCUGACUUCUUGUCACACAAAAUCAGGAUGACAGUCCUGCCUUCGGACCUGGAAACCUUUGAUGGAUACCCAUGCAAAGAGCAUAAAGUUUGUCAAGAAUAUGCAUUCUCAACACAUGGACGAGUACUAGAAAGAGGGAAAAAGGUCGUACUGGACAUUCUAUACCCGUUGGCAUCGGAAGAACCUCACUUUGAUGUCACUUUCAGCUGUAACAAUAGUUGCUUCAAGAGUUCGAAGAAGCUGUUUGAUUUGAUUUUUGAGCUGCACGACGAUCAGUAUGUGAUUUUAUUGGUUUUUAUGACUGAUUUAAAGUAUUGUUGAGUUGGAAUUGGGAUUUCGAAAGAUUUAAGAAAGCUGAAGUUCAGUGGAAGAUUUUCAAUGUAUUUUGCACUGAAAAUCGUCCGCUAAACUAUCACUUUUAAAAAGUGUUAAAAUGGCCUAAAAACACAUUUUUAACACUUUUUAAAAGUGGAAUUUUGGUGGAAUUUUUUUCAGUGCAAAUUACAUUAGAAAUCUUCCACUCAGUUUCCACUUUUUAAAUUUGAAACUUUUGAACUAGAGCCACAAAAAUAUGAUUCUGCUUUAAUUUAUAAAGACACUUAUUGCUCUUUUUUAAAUUAUAAACAAAAUUAGUGAGUUUUCAGCGGCACAGUCUAUCAAAAAGUGGCAAUGAAGCUGAAAGUGUGUGCAGUUCCAGUCAGAGACGGUCAAAAUGGAGGCAAAAAAGCAAAGGAAAAUGAUGUUAAUGAAGCGCUACAAAAGAUUUCGGCUAAUCCAAAUCUGUACUUUGUGCCGGUAAGCUUGCCUUUUGGCUUUUUAAAAUUGAAAGUUGAGUGGAAGAUUUGUAAUGUAAUUUGCAUUGAAAAUCUUCCACCAAACUUCCACUCUUAAAAAGUACUAAAAAAGGGGUUUUAGGCCAUUUUAAGACAUUUUAAAAGUGGAAGUUGAGUGGAAGAUUUUUAGUGCAAAAUACAUUACAAAUCUUCCACUCAACUUCCACUUGUUUUAAAAUUGAUUUUUGGGGUCUGUAAACAAAGUUUUCGUUAUUUUUUUGAGAUGAAAAGAAAGUAUAGGCUAUUACAAACCUUUUAGUGAAAAAUUUUUUCAUUUUGUUCUUUGUAAAGUAAGUUAUUGCGGUUUUCUAAAGAAAGUUAAUGCAGUUUUCAAAAUUUUGAAAUUUUGUAACUUUCGACCGUUCCAGAUUUAUGGUGAUGACAUUUUCCGUCGUUUCGUCCAAAUGAUGAGUGAUGUCGAGAUGGGGGACCGUCACAAAAACCAAUCUCUUUUACAUAAUACUCAAAUAGUACAAGAUACAGACAUCCGAGUAUGGCUAGCCAGAUUUAAUCAAGACAUAUACACCAAAGUCUUCACCCAGAACAAUAUCAGAACCAUGAAGCAGCUAUGUUGGAAGUUUCACAAAGAUCCACGACUUUUUGCAAAUUUGAAAAUCCCGCCAAAUUGCGCAUUGGCCAUGACCAAAAGUUUCAAUAAUUGGCUCUACACUACCCUACAAGAAGACCCAGGCUUCAUGAUGGAGUAUAUGGAAAGAACAACCAUCAAGCCUAGUCAAUAG